UCUUCUUUGAAUUCACAGAAAAAAAUGUUUUUUUUGUAAGAAAGAAUUGCUGUUCAAGUCUGGUGAGUUGUUUGUGACUUGUUGGUAGGAGCAGCAGUUUGGGCCUCUUCUCCGGCGACGGCGACCAUGAGCGGCGGCAGCGGGGGGUUGGACUCCCGCCUGGAGACCAUCUCUCGCCUCGCCCAGUGGCGCAUCGACACCUUCGGCCCCUGCUCCUACCGCCGCUCCGACGCCUUCAAGAUCGGCAUCUGGAGCUGGUACCUGUCGGUGGAGAAGAGCCGAUCGAUGUACGUGCGGCUGUUCCCGGAGCCCGGCCGGCUGGCCAAGGAGCGCCCGCCGCUCGCCCGCUUCGUUCUCCGCGCCUCCUGGGCCGGACCGCCGCGCCGCUCCUGUGAAUCCCCUGUGCACGAACAUCUCCUCCGAAGCAGCGAAGACUUUUUCUGGCAAAUUGAUGUGAUGUCCCAUGGGCGUUUAACUAUUGAUGUUGAGUUUUUGGACCUGAGGGUAGCCACUAACAAUGCUGCAGAGUCAUCUACCUCGGUUUGGCCUGAAAGCUUGGCGGUGCAGAACAUUGCUAGUAAGAGCACUCUCGGAUGCCUUUCACGCAUGCUCACAGAGUCAAUACAUGCAGAUGUCACCAUAAACACAACCGAUGGUGUCCUCAAGGCCCAUAAGGCCAUCCUUGCAGCAUGUUCUCCUGUCUUUGAAAGCAUGUUCCUUCAUGAUCUCAAGGAAAAGGAAUCAUCCACAAUCAACAUAAAUGACAUGUGCCUUGAGUCUUGCUCAGCGCUGCUUGGCUUCAUCUACGGGACCAUAAAGCAAGACGAAUUCUGGAAGCACCGCCUCUCGCUGCUUGCUGCAGCGAAUAAGUACAACAUUUCUGAUAUCAAGGAGUGUUGUGAGGAGGGCCUCCUGGAGGAUAUAAACUCUAGCAAUGUCCUUGAGAGGCUUCACGUCGCGUGGCUCUACCAGCUGGAGAAGCUGAAGAAAGGGUGCCUUACCUACUUGUUUGUUUUUGGGAAGAUAUACGAUGUCAGGGACGAGAUCAAUAGCUUCUUCCAGCACGCAGAUCGUGAGCUGAUGCUGGAGAUGUUCCGAGAGGUCCUAACUGUAUGGAAGCCCAUAUAUAUGCUGUUUCAGCAUGGAGGCAACAGAGAGGUGCAGCUAGCUCUGAAUCCAUUUUACUCGCAAUGGGCUUGCCUCCAGUCGAUGGUUUGCUUCUCUGCCUUUUUCUCUUCUUCUACUAUUGGAACAAUUAAGAAGAGGGCAGGUGAAGGAAAAAGUCUGAGAUGGAUGGUGAGAAGAUUCAGCCGCUUCAGAAAACCAAAAUUGACAUACAUGUUGAGCGUGUUGAGGAGUAGGAGUAUUUUAGCUAAGCCGCGAAUCGACCUCGCAACUAGUCAGCAUCGAUCCAUGGCGCCCACGCGCCUCCGCCUCCGCCUCGCCGUGGCGGCUAUAGUGGCCGUCGCCCUGCUCGGCUCCUUUGCAAGCGCGGCGAGGGAGGGCGACGCGUGCUCGUCGGAGGGCGACUGCGGCGCGGGGCUGCACUGCACCGGCUGCGGCGGCGGCGGCGACAAGACGUGCACGCGCGCCACGCCCGUCGACCCGCUCACGCACGGCACGGGGCUCCCCUUCAACAACUACUCGUGGCUGACGACGCACAACUCGUACGCCCUCGCCGGCGCCGCCUCCGCCACCGGCUCCCCCCUCGUCGCCCCCACCAACCAGGAGGACACCAUCACCGCCCAGCUCAAGAAUGGUGUUAGGGGCUUGAUGCUUGACACUUACGAUUUCAACAGUGAUGUCUGGCUGUGCCACUCAUUUCAAGGAAAAUGCUACAACUUCACGGCCUUUCAACCUGCCAUCAACGUAUUGAAAGAAAUCCAGACGUUCCUGGAAGCGAACCCUUCAGAAGUAAUCACAAUUUUCUUGGAAGAUUAUACUGCUUCUGGAUCUCUGCCAAAAGUAUUCAAUGCUUCUGGACUCAUGAAGUAUUGGUUCCCAGUGGCAAAAAUGCCGAAGAGCGGUGAGAACUGGCCUCUGCUCAAGGACAUGAUCAGCCAGAACGAGCGCCUGCUAGUCUUCACAUCAAAGAAAUCAAAAGAAGCAAGUGAGGGGAUCGCAUACGAGUGGAACUACGUCGUGGAAAACCAAUAUGGAAAUGAAGGGAUGGUAGAGGGAAAAUGCCCAAAUCGCGCAGAGUCUCCAGCCAUGGAUUCCAAAAGCCAGUCUCUUGUUCUGAUGAACUUCUUCACAACAGACCCAACUCAAACAGGGGUUUGUGCAAAUAAUUCAGCACCACUUGUUAGCAUGCUGAAAACCUGCCAUGAUCUUUCGGGCAAUCGGUGGCCAAACUACAUCGCUGUUGAUUUCUACAUGAGGAGCGAUGGUGGAGGGGCUCCCUUAGCUACUGACAUGGCAAAUGGUCAUAUGGUAUGUGGAUGCGACAACAUCGCAUACUGCAAGGCGAAUUCGACAUUUGGGACAUGUGUGAUACCUCCACCUCCACCGCCAUCUUCACCACGGAAGGCGCCCAGUGGCAAGGGCGCAAGCACAGGCAGCAGCUCCAGUGGCACAAUGGCUCGUCUUGUACCAAAAUCGAGCUUCUUCUUGGGAGUGGCACUUCUGGUUCUGGUUAUACUCUGUUGAGAGCAGAGCAUUCGCUUGAGCUGAGUUUGUGUGCUGACUGCUGUUACAAGGAUAAUACUGUACUGCCAUUCUGAGGCAAAAUUUUCUGCUCUUUUUUCGUCACCUGUUCCAUUGGUUUGUACCUUCCUUUUUUGUUAAUGAGAGUUAAUGAGAGUUGUAGAUGCAAAAUUAGCAGGAGAAAUUGUUGAUGUGUCGAGCUGUAGAUCAUUCCUUUUAUUUGAGGCAAAAUUUACCAACACGUUUAGUACUUCUGUGCUCCUAAAACAAUACUAAACUACAAUCAGAUUGUAAAAAAUGUUGUCAUUAGUAACAAGGCCUUUCACAGGUGCAAAAUUUGCCCACUUUGCAUCGACA